UAUUUGCUAUUGCAGUUAUCUCUAAACCCUUUGUUAGAAUGUGUGUGAUAGUCUUUUAAUAUAUGUCCCUUGCCAAAAAAGAGGCUUUUAGAGGCAUCAUGUUAGAGUUUAAAAAGUCACACCUCUAAUUAAUUGUUUUGUCAGACCAGUAAUAGAAGGUACAGAUUUUGAGUCCUGUCAUGUACUGAAAUUGUGAAUUCCAAGUAGUCAUCAUAUCAGAACUACAUAUAUGGAAAGGCUUAGUAUAAUUAUAAUUAAAAAAUACUUUCCCGAAAUCCAAAGUUUUCUGUGUAACUGUUUGUUUUUGUUUUUUAAACUGAACAUUAGGCUAGGCUUCUGGAAAAUGUGUGGAAAGUAUUUUCUUGAGAAAAUGCCAGUUUACAUUAGCUAAGAAGACAGUCCAGAGUUUCCUCUAAUAUAGCUGAUACUGUAAAUGAUCUCAGCAGUAGAUUUUAAUAAUAAAACAACCCCCAUCCCACCCAAACAGUCUCUCUUCUUCUCUCAUUAUGAAUGAUAUAUAAUCAUAUAUUUUCUGGAGGAUUGUUUUUUUUAUUCAUAGACAAAAUGAUCUCUCUGGAAUUACAUCUGUUAAACAAGCUUCUUGAUAGAGUUAGUAGAAUAGAAGCCAUUUAUUCUGGCUCUCUCAUUCUGUGUCGGACAUGUAUGAUGCGUUGGUUUAGAAGUAGAUGAAUAAUCUAUGCAAAACACAUAAUUUUCUACUAAGACUUUUAAAGCUUUUUCUACAUGGUAAUUCUGACUGUUCAGUAUGAAUUCUUUGUCCUUCUUUCUGCUGCCUAUAAAUGCCAUUUUUUAUUUAUGUAGUAAAUUGCAGUGUCAAACACAUCACUUAAAAAUAAUGUAGUUUUCACGUACUGUAUAUUUUUUGCUAAGUUUUGAGCAUGACUAGAACAAAGAGGAUGUACAUUUAGGCUGUAACUGAAGAGUUGAUUAUGUGAGUACCUCUUUUGUCCUUCAGAUUGUCCUUCUGAAUUCAGCCCUGGUUCUGUCAAUGCCUUAUUACGUGGUUUUGGAUGUGAUUUACUAUCUAAUCUGGUUUGGUAGUCUGUAAAAUGAAUAUGAUAAUAUUUCUAUAGUACACUGUAUUAUGAAGAUUGAUGUCUAUUUUACAGUGGUUUUAUAGUGUUUUGAGACUGUAUAAUCCCAUAUGGAUGCCACCUGCUUCUAGUUAAAGCUUGUUGAAGGAAGGGACAAAAAAAAAUUAAAUCUGAAGUCCGAGAACUAAAAUUUUGAUCAGACCUGUUGAUUAUUCUUACUUGUAGUAAUAGCAGUUAAUUUAUUAUAGUAUGGAGUUAAGUGUAAGCAGUUUUUAAAAUGACAGUUUACACCCAUGCUAAAGUUGGUCUAUAAAACUUUGUUCUAGUUUAAAUAAUAUGCAGGACAUAUUUUUCGAGUGAGAACAAUGAAUUUACUGAAACAAUAUAAAUGUUAUCGAUAGGAGUUUAAGAUCUGUUCAGCUAUCCUUCAUCACAGUGGAAAAAUUCCAAAGACUAUUCUGCUUGUACAAAAGAAAAAAGAUUCUGCAAACAUUCAACUGCUGAUGUAUUGCCAAGAACCAUCCUGUUCUGGAGGGACAGUUCACAGCAGUAAGCAUUGUGCUUGGCUGUACUUUGGGCCUCUUGUGGAUGGAACCAAGUGAGCUGUAGGAGUUAUUACAGGAGUUACAACAUUCAAGGAUGUUGCCUAACACCAAAAUGCAAUAAAAUGCUUGUUAAGGGGAAAACAUAAGGGUUUUUUUGUGGUCUGUGGUGGUGUAUUCUGACAGCCUGCUGUGUAGUCUAGGGGACCUCCCAAGACUUCUUAAGACAAUGUAGAAAGGGACAGCUGAGCUGGCAAUGUUGGAAAUGCCAAACUUGGGCAUGUAACUACCUCUCUCCAUUGCUUGUAUAGUAUUGGACUGGCAAACCUUCCUGUUGACAGUAAGUGAAAAUAUUUCUGUAGGUAAGACCUACAGACAUUUGAAAUAUGCGUAUUGGAGAGUUGAGGGGCAUCAGGACUCAAGGUUUCAUCUAGGAUCUGCCUGUGACUCUGGAGUGUAUGUCACGUGUUUGCACAAUAGGAAAUGGCCAAGUCCAUUGCUACAUGCUAGAGUGACUUGGCAACAUUACCUUCAGGCAGUUCCAUGUUUGGCUUUCUAGUAGCCCUGUAUUCUUUCAGCCUCCCUAGUAAUCUUGUAGUAGUGUCCUAGCAUAGGAGCUGUGCUUGAGCUGCUUGCGAUCGACAUGUGAGUGAAGAGCAACAAGCUGACUACCCCAGAUAUAAUGAGACGGGAUACGGCACCUCUGGAUAUUAUGUGGUCUGAAUUUCCCGUUGUUGUGUGAAGCCUGGGUGCCAUGCUAAGCAUCUAAUCUGUCCAGUCCCUCUCAGUCAGUAGUCUGAAUGCAUCCUUAAUUACCUGAGAGUUUAAUUAAUCUGUAGAAAAGUUGAAAACACCGUAAAUGUUAAUUCAAUUCCUAAAUAAAGUAGCUCUUCCAAAUGUUUCCAACUCUUUGUGGGAAUUUUCUAGGUGCUAAAUCUUGCAUGAGUAAUUCUCCCUGUUUAGGGAGCUAGUAAAGCAUUUCACCUUUUAUGUCAUUUAAUUUCUGUGAGAGCUUUAUGGAAGUUCUCUUUUGUUUGCUUACUUUGGCCUGUAAGCAGCAUGGUCUAGGUGACUACAAAGCCAUGCACUAUUUAUUGUGUGGUUGUGGUUAAGCCAGGCUUUCCAAACCUUAGCACUCCAAUUAUGUAACUUCUUUUCCUUACAAUAGCAAGAAGGCAACUUAUAAUAGCAAGUUGCAGCUUCAGGGGGCUGGUAAUGGUCUUUCCUGUUAAGUGGGUUACAACUCUCCACCUCUCCUAACUUACAUUAGGCUUUUACACUUUCAAUGCGCUGGCUAAAUUUUGGAGUAUCCGUGCAACAAUGGGCUUCAGACAAAGAGAAUUUUGAAUACUUAUUUAUAUAAUGGAUGGAAGUGAAGUAAGCUACACUUACUCUUUAAUGUUAACUAGGAUUAGUCUCCUGUCUUGGACAAAACAAAAAGAAAUUAUUUACAAACUCCCAAAAUGCAAGAAAUUUUCAUUGAUAUAAUCGUUAAGGAGUGUGUCUUUGAUCCUAAUAUGGGCAACUUUAAGAUAGCGUAUAGGAAUUGCACAAAGUUUCUAUUACAGCUCAAUGAAAAAUACAUACAUACACACACACGUACAUAUAUGUAUGUGUGUAUUUCCUCACUCCCUUUUGUUUCAGGAUAAUGUAUUUUCCUACUGUUGUAAAGUUUCAACAGUAACAGUUGAAAGUGCCUCCAGAAAUAGGAGCAAGUCAUUGACCUCAACAUUAGCAAAACCAAGACAAUUUGGCAGGAUCUCAGUCUCCACUUGAAAAGUUCCAUUCCAACUUUCGAGUUUUAAAAUGUUAGAAAGAACGUAGAGGUCUAAUUGUUUAAACUGACUCUAAAUCUGUUCAGCUUCGUUUUGUCAAAAGCUCAUGCUUGAAAGCCCAAAGCCUGGCAUUGCAGUUAAGAGUUUAUGCUACAGAAUGGUGGUUAAUUAUAAUACUAUGGGCUGGUCUGCUGAAGACCAUACUGUGCUGUGUGAGCAGCCAAGUGACAGAAUUACCUCUUUAUGGUCAUUUUAGCUUGGCAGAAGUGGCCUUUUGCCUUGUGCAAUAGUUGUCUUUCCCUUGUUUGGAGGGAGGGUUGUGAUCACAAAAGAGAGCAGUUGUGACAAAAUGGGUUUCUGCUGUGCCCAAUUUCCCAUUGGCAUAUGUUCUAGAAAGAGCUGAGCCUUACGCCAUGGCAGAGAGCGCCAGUAGCACAAAAGCGCAGCUGCCUUCUUGUAGUCUAUCACCUGAGAAUCCAGGCUAACUGAAUUUCUGUUAUAUGGGGAAAAUAACAGAAAGGAGGUCAACAUGGUGCUUAGAGGAAUGUGCAGCAUUAGCAGUGCUUGAGCAGGAAGAAGUGAGGGGUGCGUAUAAAUAAGUUAACAUAUUCUUCUGGAGAUUGGAAAUAGCAAAUGGGAAUGAUCUGUGAGUGUUAUUCUUGCUUGGAUAAAUAGAUAAUUGUACUUUCACGAGGAAUUGAAUAAUAGAUACAAGGGAAAAUACAGAAGAUAAAAACUAAGAUAGGAGAAAAAAGGUGAUUAAAAUGGAAUUUGGAGUGUAUGUGCAGGCUGUCUUUAUAGGAUUUUGUCCAUAAGAACUUUGUGGUAUAAUUGCGAUUAAAACACUUAAAUACUUAACUGUCUUCAAAAUUUUGCAGUUAAUAGGUGUUAAUUUUCAGUUAUGUACUCUUAUUAGGUUUAUAUGCAGCUUAUCAGAAUUGUUACUGCCCUUAUGUUGCAAUAUGCAAUACUAGACAAAUACUUUGGCUGUUCUUAGAAGUGAGUAUCUACCAUCAUUUUGUUGUUUCCCUUUAGAUCACUUAUGUCCCUUGCUGGUGAUAAAUGCAGUGCAUGGAGCUUAAGUGUAGUGCAGUGUUUUAGAAGGAUUUUAAGCAGUUUAACUCUUUACUAGACAAUCAGAAUUUUCCUGAUGUUCCUGUUUAAUUCUGUUUCUUAUACAAUGUCCGUAAUUGUGGAUCUGAGCAUGUACUAAGUGACAUGGCUAACAUCUGUCAUGUGUGAUUCUCCUUUCUGCUCCCUGGGAGGAAAAUUAUUGAGAGAAAAACGCAAGAGUCUCUAUAUAAACCACCAUCCUCCUGGGCAGUUGAGAAGGAAGUACAGUUCCUGCUCCACUAUUUUCCUGGAUGACAGCACAGUCAGUCAACCAAACCUCAAGUAUACCAUCAAAUGUGUAGCUCUUGCAAUAUAUUACCACAUCAAAAACAGGGACACAGACGGAAGAAUGCUCUUAGAUAUUUUUGAUGAAAACCUUCAUCCCCUUUCGAAAUCCGAAGUGCCACCAGACUAUGACAAACAUGACCCGGAGCAGAAACAGAUUUACCGCUUUGUUCGGACGUUGUUCAGUGCUGCUCAACUGACUGCUGAAUGUGCCAUUGUCACCCUGGUAUAUCUUGAAAGGCUUUUAACUUAUGCAGAGAUAGAUAUUUGUCCAGCAAACUGGAAGCGAAUUGUACUGGGUGCAAUUCUGCUGGCAUCCAAAGUUUGGGAUGACCAGGCAGUGUGGAACGUGGAUUACUGCCAGAUCCUGAAAGAUAUCACAGUCGAAGACAUGAAUGAGCUGGAACGCCAGUUUCUUGAGCUGUUGCAGUUCAAUAUUAAUGUUCCCUCCAGUGUUUAUGCCAAGUAUUAUUUUGAUUUGCGUUCCCUGGCAGAAGCGAACAACCUGAGUUUUCCUUUGGAGCCCCUCAGCAGGGACAGGGCAUAUAAACUUGAGGCCAUUUCCCGCCUGUGUGAAGAUAAAUAUAAGGACUUCAGGAAAGCUGCAAAGAAACGGUCAGUCAGUGCUGACAAUCUAACUGUGGUUAGAUGGUCCCCUGCUAUUAUCUCCUAACAGAGGAGACUGGAAUAUUCCUACGGACGUACUGUUUCAUCCAUCCAUUUUUUUUUUGGGGGGGGGGGGGGGCGGGGGGAUAAAGAAAAAAGACUUUUGAUUUUUUUAUUUUUAGAUCUGUCAAGCUGCCUUUACAGUGCCUCCCCAUUGUGUAGCACACGAGUAAAAUACCUAGUGGAAGGAGAAAUGGAGAAAUCGCUGUUUGGGAGAGAAGAUGGGCAACAUUUUUUUUUUCUCACUUUUGCUAACAGCUUUACCCUUUUUAUGAGGAAACAGCAAAUCAGGUGCUUGGAAGAAACAAAAAAAUGAAGUAGAGGCAGAAAAAUAUUUAAGAACUCUGUGCCAUUUUCCAAUGUGCUGUACUCAUGAAGAGAAAUGGCAGCAUGAAAGCAAACCAUGUAGUCAGAUAACUGCACUAGAGGAAUGAAGUUGUGAGAGUUCCAUCUUAAAGGUUUUUCUUAGUAUCUUUUUUAUUUUUUGUUGUUCUUUGCAUUCCUCAUUGCUGCUUCCCAGGUUAAAUUCUUCCCCUUGCACAGCAGGAAAUACAAAGUCUGUAUUUACAGUAGCACAAGCCCCUAGAUAAAUAGUGUUGGGUUUUUCACUGCACUUUUCUCUGUAAGCUGUCUUACUAGCAUUAUUCUUCGUAAUUAUUAUGCAUAUGUUAUUUCUUGUAUGCCUUUUAUUGUAUUUCAAAAGAGAGAACUUGACCAUAGUGCUGAACCAAAAGUAUGUACAGGGAUCAGAAGAUCUUCAUAAUUUCAUGAUGUGUUUUAUUUAUAGUAUACUUGGGUGCGUGUGCCUUCCUGAGUUCUUGGAAUCAUUUAUUUUUCCUUAAUAUAAAGAUACAGUUAUUAAAGUGUUCAGAUGAUGAUGAUAAGACUUGGGCCAAAUCUCUGAAAUUUGCAACAGAUCUUGUGAUUCUUUUUGCAGAUUUUCAUAGCGUUAGAAGUUUAGCAGAAUUCAUUUUGAGGGACUUGUUUGUUGGGUUGUUGUUUUUUUUUCUUCGUAUGGCCUGACUAGUUCAUUCCUUCACCUCCAGGUCCAUUGUUGCAAGCAAUAUUCUCAAUUUUUAUAUGUUUACUUUAAAUCAAAGUGAGUCUGUUUGUAUAAAAUAAAAAAUAAUAAAAAAAAUUGUUCCAGUGAGAAGGCCUGUAGAAGAGCAGAAUGGAAAUCUUAACAAGGUAUUUGUCACAAGUAGAAUCAAUUUUGAAGCUAAAAUACAAACCCUUGUGUUUUUCAGCAUAGGUGCUUAUAGAAACUAAAAGUAACUGAACUGUGAACAUGAUUUUCAACUCUGAUUAUUAAGCUCUUCUGUGGUUGUUACUAGUUCCCUCUUACUGUGGCUGUUGCCCCCUUGGAAUUUGUAAGAACCUUUUAUAGCAAAUAACUUGUCAGUAUAAGCAUAUGUGCUUUAUAACGCCCCAGGGUGAUUUCCCCACUCCCACCCCCACUCCCUUUUUUUUCUUUUUUUUUUUUUUUUCUUUUUUUUUCACAGUUUAGGAAAAUAUAGCGGAAAACUCUCAGUUCCCUGAAAUAUUUUCUUUGCAACUAUCAUUGAAAUGAAUGGCAACAGACGUCCCUGAUUUAUGCACUACUGUGGUAAACCAUAAAGAUUCUGUAUUUGUUUUAUUAAGCCCUAUGGGCUUGUAGCAGACCCAGGGGCCCAGAGAUACACACUUGAUUUCCAGUGCAAUGCUAAUUGGAUGCCUCCAGGUGGAGAGGCACUGACAGGAUUGAAGUAGUAAUACCAAACAGUUUUCUGUUAACUUUCUAAUGUGAUUUCUGUGGUUUGAGAUAUGAAGGCUUUGUCCAUAAAUUCUACUGAUGUCUUUGGGCCUUUAAAAUAAUCUUAUUCUCAUCACUUCUUGUUGUGCCAAUGCAUCAGAACUGUGAGUAUCCAAGUCCAUUUUUCCCUUGAACAUGGAAUGUAAGGAAAGUGUUUAUAACAAUAUAAAUGCAAAUUACAGCAUUUGAAACCUCUUUACAGAUAGUAUCAAAAGAAACAUUUUCAGAGCAUUUGAAAUUCAUCCUUUAUAAGCGUAAAUUUAGGCUUUAAAAUAUGUAAGAUAUUUUGAUUUAUCAACACUUUGCUAAACUAUUUUCCAUUUAACUUGAUAUCAGGAAUAUUGGUUUUAUCCAUUUUGGGUGAUAGAGAUAUGAACUUUGGAUUAUGUAAAGAUCUCAAUGCAUCUACUAUAAUUUUUGUGAAGUUUAUUAAACUACUUUAAAGAUUGUAUAGUCUAUUUAUUGUAUGUAUGUACAUACAGCUGAUACUUUAAAAAGUGGAUUCCAUAAAACCUGGCUCAGUCUUGUUUAGACUAUUGAAUAUCGUUUUAGCCUUGUGCACUGGACUCUACCUCUGUAUAGGAUAAUUUUCCAUAUUCUUAAUUAGUACUGAUUCUGUGAUUAACUUGGUUAUGUUUCUUGCACUAAGAAUUAAAAAAAAAUCUGCUGUAAGUGUGGAUUUUUUCUUUAGUUUGAGUUUUGAGGUAUGAAUCCUCUACAAUUAGAUGGACAUUUCUUUCCCUCGUGUGGUUAUAAAAUGAUUCUUUGCUUUUUCUUCUGGUUUGUUCCAUGGUUGCCAAAAGAUACAGUACCUGUCAGUAAAUCGUAAUUGAGUGUCUUUUGUUUGCAAGUUAUUCUAUACCAUGUAAUUAAAAAUGAAUUAUUAUUUAGGAUUAUGUUGUGUUUAGUGCAGUUUUUUAAGCAUUACUGUAUGGAAAAUGCCAUUGCAAGGUUAGAGACUCACCCGAGGUGUGAGAAGGGAGAAGAACCAAAUAGUGUUUUAAUUAACACCACAAAUACAUUGUGUUUUUCACUUCAGAACCUGAAACUAAGUUUGCUGUAAAUGUUUUCUGUUUUGAGGUUUUCUUUACUGCUUUGGUCACCGGCUCAGAAAUGAAAAGGUGUAGGAGAUGUAAUAAACCUGUCCCUUCAAGCCUCA